AUGUACUGUGUGGAGCAGUGGCCAUCCCCACUACAACGUCUCAUCUACUCUGUGCUGGUGGUGAUCGGUCAGUUUCUCACGCCUCUCAUCGUCACUCUCAUACUCUACGCGCACAUUGGCUGGUGGCUUGCGCACCGCCGUGGUCAGCUGUACCACACUCAGAAGACGUCCGCCGGUCACAUUCACCUAGCCGCCCGACUGGAAGUGCGUACUCGACGCACUCAUCGCAUUCUCGUUGGUAUUGUCGCCUGUUUCGCCGGAUGUUGGACACCCUGGACACUCUACUCGCUGUACCUCGAGUGUACUGUCUUCGCUAUCGCUGACGUGCCUGUUGAGGAGAUGGCUAUGGUGGAUCCGGGCAACCAGAAUAUCACUGUGAAUGCAAAUCUGAAGACUACAGAUCUGGUUCUAAAGGCAAGUUUGCGACUUUCAUAA